AUGGAGCUCCCCGUUCUAGAUCUUUCCCCCUACUUGGAGUUCUCCGCUGCUAAAUAUAGUGGAUCUUCUGCAAAUGUAGAGAACCAACUCGAUGCCCAACUGAAGGACCUCUGUUCCGAGGUCAGUCGGAUUCUACGAGAAACUGGAGCUCUACUAGUGAAGGAUCCGAGAUGCUCUACUACCGACAACGAUCGGUUCAUCGACAUGAUGGAGAAGUACUUCGAAAAGCCUGACGAAUUCAAGCUCCUCCAAGAGCGCCCCCAUCUGCAUUACCAGGUUGGUGUAACUCCCGAAGGUGUCGAGGAUCCACGAAGUCUGGUGGAUGAGGACAUGCAGCAAAAAUUAAAAGCAAUGCCUAAGAAACAUCAGCCAAUUACUCCUGUGGGACCUGACCCUAAAUGGCGAUUCAUGUGGAGAGUAGGCUCUCGGCCAUCUAACACUCGUUUUAAGGAACUGAAUUCUGAUCCUGUUAUGCCUGAAGGUUUUCAUGAAUGGAAAGAAACCAUGGAUUCAUGGGGCUACAAAAUGAUUUCUGCAAUUGAGGCUGUUGCUGAAAUGGCAGCAAUUGGCUUUGAACUGCCAAGGGAUGUAUUCACCUCUCUUAUGCACCAGGGACCUCAUCUGCUUGCUCCCACAGGAAGUGAUCUUCGAUGUUAUGGCCAGGAGGGAAAUGUGUUUGCUGGAUAUCACUAUGACCUUAACUUUUUAACCAUCCAUGGCAGGAGCAGAUUCCCUGGUCUUAACAUUUGGUUAAGAAAUGGGCAAAAAGUUGAAGUUAAGGUUCCUGUUGGGUGUCUCCUCAUCCAGACAGGAAAGCAGCUAGAAUGGCUGACUGCAGGGGACUGUUUAGCUGGCAUGCAUGAGGUUGUUAUGUCUAACAGGACAAUAGAGGCAAUCAUACUAGCACAGCACCAAAAUCGGAGCCUGUGGAGAGUUUCUUCGACACUGUUUGCACAUAUUGCAUCUGAUGCCGUUCUUAAGCCAUUGGGCCACUUUGCUGAUUCUCCACUAUCUGGAAAGUAUUCUCCCAUUUGUGCAGGAGAGUUUGUUGAGAAAGAGCUUGCAGUGAUAAAUCUGAAAGGAAAAAAACAGCACAUUGAAUAAUGGCAUUAGAAGAAGCAGGUUUCUAGAGGUUACAAAGAAAUGAAUCAAAAUGGAACACAAUGAAAUAAAUGAAGUAUCAUUGUUCAUUAACCA